AUGGCCAAUAUUGCCUCGAAAGUCGCCAUAGUUGGCGCAGUUUUUGUUGCGGUUUUAUAUCAAUUCGUCUUCAAGACUCUUUUAUUCGAUGUUCUUGGUUAUGGCCGCACAGUUACUUCCAUCAAGGACUAUCCUCAUCUCCAGUGUGAGCAGGUAACUGAGCUUGGCCUGGAAGGAUGCGAGGAUAUGUGGUUGCAUGAGAAGACAGGCUUCCUCUAUAUGGCUUGCUCGGACACUCGAUCCCGUUUGGAAUGGCUUCCUGCGAUUGACCAUCUCAACGCCUCAGGUCGUGGCACCACCGACCGCAUUGCAGUUCUCGACACUCGCGGCGAAGGCCGGCUGGCAUCUCGCAUUCAAUGGCUGUCGACUGAGAAUUUCUCUGGUGUUAACGGCGAUGGAACCUUAAACCUCCACGGCUUGGACGUUCGAGCAGACAAGCACACUGACAUGCUACGGAUCCUUCUGGUUAACCAUCGCCCCCCAAUUGAUCCUGUUACUGGCGAGCUUCUCGAUGCCACGAAAGUUGGGGCAAACUCAACAAUCGAGGAAUUUCAGUCGAAAGCUGGCAGCUCGACAAUGCGACACAUUCGUACAUACUUCAACGACGUCAUCCAAACACCAAACCGAGUGGCGUGGGUAAAUGAUCACGCUUUUGUCUUCACCAACGACCACAACGCUAAAGUCGGCACGCUACGAGGACUGGAAAUGUUUACUGGUGGCGGAAAUGUUGGCUAUUGCGAUCGAAACCGCUGUAACAUCGCCUAUUCAUCGGGCUUCAACUUCGCCAAUGGCCUCGUGCGAGGCCGCGAUGGCCUGAUAUACGUACCCAGUACCGUUGGCCGAGACAUCCAAGUCUUCUCCCUUUCUCAAGACCAUCUUCUGCAGAAAGUCCACACCAUCAAAGGGAUUUUACCAACCGACAAUCUGGCUGUCGAUGGCAAAGGAGAUAUCUAUGCGGCUUCUUUCCCCAAAGGAUAUAUAUGGACCCAGGGCACCAAAGAUCCAUUUGGCGUCCACCCACCAUCCGCAGUCUUGAAGAUCAACAGGGCUGGGAAGGGGUAUACAGGGAAGAGUAGGAAGGUUGCCGCUGAGGCAUCUCUCGAUGGGGACUUUGUGGUCGAGAAGGUCUUCGAAGAUGACGGAAGUGUCCUGCCAGGAGCCACAGUUGCAGUGCAUGAUUCUCAGACCGGGAGAUUCUUCCUGGGAGGGGUUAUGGCGCCCUACAUAGCGAUUUGUGAGACGAAGUGA